GCAUUUUGGAAAAGAUUAAAAAGAAUAUCUAUGAUGCGAUGAUUUAUUACUGGAAUGUUCCAAAUGAAGUUAGUUUAAUGGCGGCUUUAUUAGAUCCUCGAUAUAAAAGUUUGGAUUUUUUAGAGAAUGAUACUGAAAAGCAACAAGUUAUUCAAAAACUUCGUGAUGAACUUGGAGAAAUAGAAGAAAUAACAUCUGAACCAAAUAAUCUUCCUCCUUCUAACAUAAAAACUUCAACACGCUCUCAUAAGGAAUACUUUCAACAACGAAAAAUGAGAAGAAAAAAAGAACCUCCAAAUAUGCAAAAUUUCGAUGAAAUUUCAAAUUACUUGUCCUUACCAUCAGCAUUAGAAACUGAAAAUCCUUUAUCUUGGUGGAAA